AUGGAUUCAGGCAAGGAUCCUAGUGUUCUAGUUAUUUCUCAAUUAGUUGCCAGUGAAAUCGAAGCCAUCUGGGAAAAAGCCUCAGUUCCCACUGUAUCAAGCAAUCGUAUUAUUAGAUUAAUUCGUGAUAUCCUGAUAAGUUCAGUGGAAUAUUAUACUAAACAGGACGUUGAUGCUUACGAAAAACUAUUAAACGAUGCAUUAGAAGCCAGCAAAACUUAUCAAACGGCAACUAGUGCACUUGAAUAUAAAGCUUUAAAAUCUGGACCUCCGCAAGAUGCUGGUUCUUACGACUUCAUUGUAGUUGGAUCAGGAUCGACUGGAUCCUUGUUAGCUAGUCGUCUCUCCGAAAUUUCAAACUGGAAAGUUUUAGUGCUGGAAGCAGGCAAUUAUGGCAACAAUAUAACGGAUGUGACGGCAAUGAGUUACAAGGCUAUGAUUAUGAGUGACUUCAAUUGGGGUUAUUACAGUGUACCACAGAAUAAUAGUUGUUUAGGGUUUGAAGAAAACAGGUGUCCCCAUAUUAGAGGAAAAGGAGUCGGUGGCACAUCUCUUUUAAACGCACUAAUUUACGUUAGAGGCAACAAAUUAGAUUUUGACACUUGGUGUUCAAUGGGUAACAAAGGAUGGUGUUAUAAUGAGUCAUUGCCAUAUUUUUUAAAGACUGAACAUCUCCAUUGGACAGAUCCAAAUGCUCCUAUUGACCUUGCUUAUCACAAUUUAACAGGGUUAUUGUGGGUAGAGCAACCUAUGCCUAGAACGCAACAUACUAAGAUAUUCUUAGAAGCAAAUGAACAAAUGGGCUAUAAACUUCGUGAUGUAAACGGCGCAGAUCAAAUUGGUGUUAUGCCUUUCCAGAUAAACACUAGAAUUGGCAGGAGACAGGACAGUGGUACUGCAUUUAUAAAACCAUUUUUAAACCGAAAAAAUCUAAAAGUACUGACCAAAGCUUUGGCCACAAAGAUUAUUAUCAAAAAUAAAAUAGCAACGGGAGUUCAAUACUUGCAAAAUGGUGUAUUAUAUGAGGCAACAGCUAAAAAGGAAGUUAUUGUAAGUGCUGGGACAAUUAAUAGUCCACAAUUAUUGAUGUUAUCAGGAAUAGGACCUAAAGUGCAUUUACAAAAAUUCAAGAUACCAUUAGUUCAAGAUCUGGAAGUUGGAAGUAGUUUCUCGGAUCAUUUACAAGUUUAUGGCAUGGUGUACACGAGUAAUCUUUCAGAACCAAUAAAAACUCUUCGAGAAUCAAUUGCUGAAUAUUUAAAUAACGGUACUGGAUAUCUUGCUGAAGCAUUAGCAUCUCAAGGUGUCGGAUACUAUAUAAGUAAACUUGAACCCACUGCUGGCUAUUCAGAUAUAGAAUUGAGCUUUGCCGAUACAAAUACCACAACUGACGCGAUAUCCCGUUUUAUGAGGUGGAGACCAGAUAUAGGUGUAUCAGCAAACGGUAUUGACUCCGCCAGUUCAUUUAAAAUAUUUGUAACUCCUUUACAUACAAAAUCAUUAGGUACGGUUAGAUUACGGAGUGCCAGUCCUUUAGAUUAUCCAGAUAUAGAUCCCAACAUACUGUCAGACCCUGAAGGACAUGAUCUAGAAAGUGUUUAUCUUGGAGUACAAUUCGCGGUAAAUCUUACAAAGCAGGGACCUUUUAAGAAAAUAAAUGCCAAAUUGCAACAAAACCCGGUAAAACAAUGCAGACAGUAUGAAUUCAUGAGUAGAGAAUAUUGGAAGUGUGCUAGUAAAUACAUCGUCUGUCAUAAUAAUCAUCCUGUCGGUACUUGCAAAAUGGGUCCAAAUCCAAAAGUUGGUCACGUAGUUGAUAACGAAUUAAAAGUGUAUGGAAUUAAGAGAUUACGAGUUGCCGAUGCUAGUGUUAUACCUCUUUCUACCUCUAGUCAUCUAAACGCAAUUUGUUACUUAAUUGCGGAAAAGGCGGCUGAUUUUAUUAAGAAAGAUCAUGGAAAGUUGAACUCUUAA